UCGGGCAAGACUUGCGCAGCCAUGUCCAUUGUGUAAUUUUAGAACUCUGUUUUUUGUUUUGUGCUUAUGUAUUUUCUAGCAUGAGCUGCUGGGCUAGCCAGCUGCUUAAAAUAUUGUAUUAAUAGCUUGCUAAAUCACAAAGUAAGGUGUAUUGUAGCUAGAUGACACUACGUAGCCAUCGAUAGCAUGCAACAAAAGCCUUAAACCUGUGCCAGAACCGUGAAAUCUGAUGUUCCAAAAUGCCUCAUAAACUCCUCAAGUUACUCCUGGGAAGUUACCAGUGGCUGGCCAGUUACUGGCCCGUCCUUAUGCCGAGGGGAAUCCGCUUGUACACAUUUGAACAGAUCCCGUUAUUCAUGAAAGAAAACCCAUACAUUACAGAUGGAUACAGAGCCCGUUUACAAUCCAAACUUUGUUUAAAAAGCAUCUUUGUGCUGUCCAAUGAAACAGUCAACAUAUGGACUCAUCUGUUGGGCUUCCUCCUGUUCUUCCUACUGGGGGUGAAUGACAUGUCUACAGUCCUGCCGGCUUCAGGUGCCAACAGAGAAGACUAUGUCAUCUACUGCAUAGCACUCUUCUGCUUUCAGGUGUGUAUGCUGUGUUCUGCAGGGUAUCACAUGUUCUCCUGCCACCUCUCAGAGAAGACGUGUCACCGCUGGUUGGCGCUGGACUAUGCUGGAAUCUCUGUGGGAAUCCUGGGCUGUUACAUUCCAGGGGUCUUCUAUGCCUUCUACUGCAUCACUUUCUGGAGACAGGUGUACCUGGUGACUGCUCUAGCGUUGAUAUUGGCCGUGUUCUUAGCUCAGAUCCACCCUCACUACCACUCUAAGGAGUGGCGACACCAGCGUACUGCCAUCUUCUGCUCCGUGGCUGGCUACGGGAUCAUCCCCGCCGGCCACUGGGUCUGGCUCAAUGAAGGCCUCGGCUCAGCUGUCGUCCAGUUGUUCCUCCCUCGUGUGAUUGUGAUGUAUUUGAUAGCUGGAGCUGCGUUCCUCUUUUACAUCUCUAAAAUCCCAGAACGCUGCUUCCCAGGUCAACUGAACUAUCUGGGUGCCAGCCACCAGGUGUGGCAUGUCCUUGUGGUGUUUUUGCUCUACUGGUGGCACCAGACUGCAGUAUAUAUAAUGAAAUUCAGGCAUAGCCAGCCAUGCCCUCCUUUCUACACCCAGCCUGGUCUCAUAGACUAGACGUAACAUAGUAAAAGUAAAUCCGGAACACUCAAAUUAGUAUGAUAUGUUACGUUUGGUAUGGGUGGUUGGUCGAGGUGGAUGGGUGGGUGAAUGCCUAGCUAUCCAAAAGGUUGUGUGUUCAAAUCUCAUCACGGACAACUUUAGCAAAUUUUCAACUACUUGAACUUUUUAGCUACUUUGAAACUACUUAACAUGUUAGCUAACCCUUCCCCUAACUCUUUUAGCCAGCCCUUCCUCUAACUUUAACCCUUUAACCUAACUCCGAACCUUAACCCGUAGCCCUAAACUAGCUAACAUUAGCCAGCUAGCUAACGUUGGGGACAACUAAUUGGUAUUCGUAACAUAUCAUACGUAUUACAAAUUCAUCCUAACCCUAACAUAUUGUACAUUUACAGAUUCAUAACAAAUUGUACAUUUAGCAAAUUCUUAACAUAUCAUCCAAAUUGUAAUUCAUAAUUUAUCAUAUGAAAUGGAUGAUGACAUCCACAAAUUAAUACAUACAAUAUGAAACGUAACAUAUCAUACUAAAUGAAGUGUCUCAGAAUUACAUACAGAAUAAUACAAAAUGCUGAGAGACCAGAUUGCUACACAAGCAGUGACUAGAGCCUCAAGCUGGCCCAGCCACCGACUGAGCAACAACCUGUACUGUAGCCACUCGAUGCAAUUAAACCAGACUACAGACCUCUAUCAUACAGAUGCCCAGUCAAGCAGACAAGAGAGUAGCCUCCCUACCAGAACAACUAUAACCAUACCGUUAGACCUAGCAGAUGUCUGUAGAAAGAGCGAACAAGUAAAAGAGUGUAACCAUCUCUCUGGUUUUAAGGAUUGCGAUUGGUGGUAUGCAAUCGUAUCUGCUUUCUGCUGAGACUUCUGUAAGGCCAGGUUAUAAGAAGGAAAGACAUGUCAGCCAUAGCCUGGUCGCAGGUCUGGGAAGCAAGAUGGCACAAACAGACCUGGGACCAGUCUUGGUGAAGUCACUAGGACACACAGUACAGCUUCAACUGAACAUAUUCUGUUAUUCUCUGAUUAUCUUUUCGUAUUCAAGAUUGUUUUUUUUAACCUGAUUUGUAUCUAUUAAUUUGCAUGUAAGCUACUGUUUGAAUGUUACAUGCUGUGAAAUGGUACUUCUUGAAAUGCUUUCUUGAGCACAUGGGACUUUACAAGGGUUAUGUGCAAUCUAGAAUAUAUAUCCUUUGGAAACCGAACAUAGAGCCUAUUUUCAGUUGUUUUUGCCUGCAUAGUUAUCUUACUGUAUUUCAUUAAUGGUGGGGCUGAGUAGUUAUCUUACUGUUUUUCAUUAAUGGUGGGGCUGAGUAGUUAUCUUGCUGUAUUUCAUUAAUGCUGGGGCUGAGUAGUUAUCUUACUGUAUUUCAUUAAUGGUGGGGCUGAGUAGUUAUCUUACUGUAUUUCAUUAAUGGUGGGGCUGAGUAGUUAUCUUACUGUAUUUCAUUAAUGGUGGGGCUGAGUAGUUAUCUUACUGUAUUUCAUUAAUGGUGGGGCUGAGUAGUUAUCUUACUGUAUUUCAUUAAUGGUGGGGCUGAGUAGUUAUCUUACUGUAUUUCAUUAACGGUGGGGUUGAGUAGUUAUCUUACUGUAUUUCAUUAAUGGUGGGGCUAAGUAAUCUUACUGUAUUUCAUUAAUGGUGGGGCUGAGUAGUUAUCUUACUGUAUUUCAUUAAUGGUGGGUUACUGAACCCCUUCCUCUCACAAUCCACUUGAAUCUAAGGGCUGAUUCAGGAUUUGUUUAGAGAGUUGGUUACAUUUAAACAUAAACCCAAUUAAAUAGAUUGGGAGUAAAUGACCCUUGCUUUAAUUAGUUUGUGAAUAGACUAUUUAUGGAUCCGUCCCUCUAUUCACUUACUAUAUAACCUAACGUAGCGACGUAAAAGAAACACCUGAGUAGAAUACCCCACAUUCUGGUCCUGAUGAUAUUUAUUUUUUUAAAUAACUUGUGGGAGGUUCUCUUCUGCACUAUUCAACCAAUCCAGUAAAUGUGAAGGAGGAGUUAAGAUGGAGCGUCGCCUUUUUAAGCGUCCAAAAGCUGAAGUCGCGUCACAGGCUCUUCCAUUUCCACUGAAAACCGGUUGCACCCAGUGUUUGCAACCCCGCUGAUGGUGCUUACUAUAUAGUACAUGGGUGUGUGAACAACUGCAUAAGAACAAAUACUUUAGAGGCCAGUAUUAUCUAUUGUAUGACUAAUACUGUACGGUAUUACAAUCACAUUACUGACAGGUCUAUCUAUGCACAAUAUGGUGUCCUGUAGAUCACAGGUGGCUGGUGGCACCUUAAUUGGGGGGGCGAGCUUAUAGUAAUUGGCUGGAAUUGAUUUGAUGGAAUGACAUAGAAGUGUUUUAAUACCAUUGUUAUGAGCCGUCCUCCCCUCACCAGCCUCCUGUAUUGUAGAUCUCCUACUGUGUAGCUAAUACCCAUAGAGGUCAUUCGACCGUGUCAGAUAAUGAUGCUCAGAACAUAUCACAGCCGUUAAAGGCCCACUGUGACAUUCACAGCCUAUAUUGACUGUUCGUUAGCCUUGUUUGUAAAUGAGCUUUUGUUUCAAGUAUGCCUUGAAUUAUUUCACUGUAUUUUACCUGGUUGCUAUAAUGUCGGUCUUUGGUUGUCCAACAUUUGUUUUUCCAUUCAUUUGGGCAUUAUUGAUGGACUUACUUUUGAAUGCUGGAAUGCACUGACUAAAGGGACACAUUAUUUUAAUCUGUAAUAUGACAUGUCUCGAGUAUUAUAAAUGAAUAAAGAAUGCCUAAAAGGAU